CUUACUGGUCCACCUAUUGUACUGUGUGAUGCUGGUAGAGCCACCGAGGUGCCCCGUGGGGUGAGGCGGCAGUGAACAGCUGUGUGGCGCGCGCCGCACCUCGCCCGUUUCGUACGCCGCGCACAUCAACAAAGAUGGUGUCCCUGGCCGACAUCCUUCCCCCUGUGAGUGCCCCGGUGUGGGACCGGGAGAACGAUGACAGGCGGAGGCGGCAGCAGCAAGCCCAGCAACAGCAGCAGGCCCUUGUCACAGCCUCCAGGGCAGCUCCCCCAUACGGCCACAGGAAAGGCUGGUUGCCACGCUCACAAGAUGAUUUUGGCGAUGGAGGUGCUUUUCCUGAGUGCCAUGUUGCCCAGUACCCCUUGGGUAUGGGCAAAGGGGCUGGUGGGGGAGACAAAGGAGGAGGGGGGUCAUCCUCAUCCAAUGCCUUAGCUGUCCAGCUGGAUGAAAAGGGCAAAGUGAAGUAUGAUGUGUUGGCAAGACAAGGCCAUGCUAAAGACAAGAUUGUGUACUCAAAGCUGACCGAUCUCCUGCCGUCAUCCAUCACCACAGAAGAUGACCCAGAGCUGCAGCGCCCGUCCAUGGAGGAGAUUGAAGAUACCACUGAAAAGACCCGGCAGGCCCUUGAAAAGCUGACACAGGGGAAGAUAUCUUCAGCCAUGCCAGUAAGGUGUGCUGAGAAACAGAUGCCUGCUCAGUACAUCCGCUAUACACCGUCACAGCAGGGUGUCUCCUUUAACUCAGGAGCCACCCAGCGUGUUAUAAGGAUGGUGGAGCAGCCCAAGGACCCCAUGGAGCCCCCCAAGUUCAAGAUCAACAAGAAAGUACCACGUGGACCUCCAUCUCCACCAGCACCAGUCAUGCACUCCCCGACCCGCAAGGUAACAGUAAAGGAACAACAGGAGUGGAGGAUACCCCCAUGUGUCAGUAACUGGAAGAAUGCCAAAGGUUACACAAUACCACUGGACAAACGCUUGGCAGCAGAUGGUCGAGGAUUACAGUCAGUCCACAUCAAUGAAAAGUUUGCAAAGUUGGCUGAAGCUCUCUACAUUGCAGAUAGAAAAGCCCGAGAACAGGUUGAAAUGAGAGCACAACUUGAAAAGAGGAUGGCUCAAAAGGAGAAGACUCGGAAAGAGGAGUUGCUCAAAGGCCUGGCCAAGAAGGCUCGGGAGGAACAUGCAGGCCUUCGCUCAGUUCCCUCUGGUCCAAGUGAGGAGGCGGAGAGAGAGAGGGAAAAGCUGCGUCAGGAGCGUGCCAGGGAACGAAAUAGGGAAACUGCCAUUGCCAACUCUUCUGCCGAAAAACGGGGUAAACUUGCCAAUCGUGAACGUGAUGUCACGGAGCAGAUUGCAUUGGGCUUACCCCAGAAAACAAGUAGAGGGGGAGAGGCACAAUUUGAUCAGAGACUCUUCAACCAAUCUCGAGGAAUGGACACUGGCUUUGGUGACGAUGAGGCAUACAAUGUUUAUGACAUGCCCUGGCGAAAUACUGAUAACCUUGGAUCGAACAUUUACCGACCCACGAGAUCUGCUGAGAAUGAGUACAGUGCUGGCAUUGAGCAACUCAUGUCCACUAAUCGCUUUGUUCCAGACAGAGGAUUCUCUGGUGCUGAUGCCAGCACUAGUAGAUCUGGUCCUGUGGAGUUCAAACGCUCAGGAGCAGGAGAUGAGAAAGAUGAGGAUGAUUUGUUCGGUGUCAUUGGUUUGCUAUCAGAGGCUAAGAAAGCAAGUAAGAGAAAUGCAGACAAUGAAGACCGAGGCAGAGAUGACAGGGAGAAGAGGAGAAAAAGGGACUGAGAUUAGUUAUCUCGUGUGUACAGAUGUAAACUUCUCAUCAAUUUUUAAUGAGGAAAAACAUUAUGGAUUUAGUUUUUUGAUAUUUUGUCAUUGGAUUUUUAAUCAUAAUUAUAUUCACCCAGUUUGUUAAUGUUAAGAAAUAAUUCUUGUACCAAACCAUUCAGUACACAUGCCUUCAGUAAGUGGUAAAAUAUUUUUAUCCUAAGAAAUUAAAGAUUUCUCUUUUUAGCUUUAAAGUAUUUAGUUAGAUGUACUUUAGCUCAAUUUAUGAAUGUUUUAAAUGUAAAAUUUACUCAUUUGAAGAAUGCAUAUUGACUUCAUAUGCUGAUAUAGACCAAGUUUGUGUAACUGAAGUCAUAGCUGCAUGCAGUCUGGAAAGGGUACAUUGGUGUGCAUUAAAUAAGCUGAAGGCAUUGAAAAUCUAAGGUUACAAACAAACAGGUGUGGCUGGUUUGCCUUGGACCAUCUUUAGUUCUAGAAAUAUUGAUUGAGAAAGAAAUUAAUACAUAUUCACAUAAUGUUUAAAAAAUAAUUUUGUACUCGCUGUGUUUGCUUGAGUACAAAAUUGUCAAGCAGCUUAACUGAAACGUGUUCAUCCAUUUUGUACUACCAAGAAACAUUUCCUCAUUAGUAAUGGAUAUAUAUUGAGUUUUAUUUUUGUUCAAACUGCAGAAAACUGUUGACAUUUCUGUACAUUACUGUCUUGGUGUUUUGUUCUGUCUUCUAGUACUGUUGAUAAAUACACUGUAGAAAUACAAAACUUUAUACUAUA